AUGGAGGAGGAAAAACCAAGCACACUGGCACCACCAGUUGUGUCCCACCUGCGGGCGCAGGCUGGUGAUCAGAUGGAGCGUUCUCUGAGUGCCGAUAUCCGCGAAGAGAGAGAAGACCUUCGUGAGGCAGCAGAGCAAACCCUGAAUGUUGUCAUGGAUCUCAGUCUGGAUGGCAACAUCAGGUGGGUCAGUCCCUCGUGGGUGGACGUAAUCGGCACACCACUCGAGUCGAUCCAAGGGAAGCCGAUCAAGAGUUUUGUGGUUAGUGACAAUAAUGAGGUCUUCUCAGAGGUGGUCGAGUCCAUGAAGAAGGAUGAUUCCCGCAGCCAAAUUAUCAGAUUCACGGUUGAAUUAGGUCCGGCGUCGAAGCUGAGACCUGUCGAGGUUCCGGAUCAGUUGGAGGGCGGCGAAGAACCUGCCAAUGAGGUCGAGCCUCCUGCUACAAUUGAUUUGGAAGGCCAGGGAAUUAUGGUCUAUGAUCGUUCAUCCGGAGGAGAAAGUCAUACCAUGUGGAUGAUACGGCCCUGGAUUGCACCUCGCGAGAUUCAAAUCGACCUACCAGCUGUGAUUGUCGAUUCUCUCGGUUCGGGCGCCGAGGUUCUCGCAAGUUACCUCACAACCCUAGCUGAAGUCGGUCUUCGAGAUCCAGCACAUCACGCCCCGCCUCUCCCGGUCCUAUGCCGCAUCUGUGAACGUCAAAUCCCCCCAUGGUGGUUUGAGAAGCAUACCGAGCUGUGUCUUCAGGAACACAAGGCAGAGAUGGAAGUCCAAAUGUGUCAAGAAAAUCUCAUUGAGCAUCGGCACGCCAUUGUCAAAGUACUAGAUGCUCUGGAAGCUCGGAGGGCUAGAGGCAAUGUCGGUGAACUGCAGUCUUUGGCACCACCUCAAGCUGAGUAUAAGGGCAUGCCGAUUGGUCCCGCGCCAUCACCGGCUUCAUCCUCUGGCACAGCUUCCCCUGGUACGCCGGCUAGAUCUCGAGAUUCGUCCUCCACUGGGUUUGGUCAUGCUCGUGCACGAUCUUUCGCCGUGCGACGGCCACAGGCAAGAAUCGUCGAACUGUUACUUGAUCUGUGUGAUACAUCCAUCGAGAUUAGCACUCCGGCUAUCAAAGAGGCACUCUCGCAAGCUCCUGGCGAGUUUCGCACCCAAUCCCCUCAAUCAGAAUCUCGGCUAUCUCAGGUCAUACAAUGGCAGUCCCCCAGCACAAACACGCUCGAGCAAGAGCAAGGGUUAGCAUUGCUCUGUGCUGAUAGUGAGAGGGCAGCGAAGGCGAAAGUUGAGGCUGUCCUUCGCCAUCGCAGAAUCAUCGAGUACUCCGAGCGCAUUCGUAUGGAGUUUUCAGUCAUUGUUCAAGAUUGCAUUGAGGAAGCUAUGCGAAAAGCUGCUCGAAUUGCUGCUGGCGAACUCAGUGAUUCCGAAUCCGAGGAAGACGAGAAGACGCCCGCCAACGAUGAUGGCUUCUUCUCUGGAUCGUUUGAGGGUCCAUCACCGCUUGCAUGUGCUCUUCGGGAUGCUGAGUUAGGACGGCAUACAGAGGGCAAUCGAUCUGCGUCGAACGGUGGUUCAGUAAGAUCAAGUAGCCCCAAAGAAUGCCCAACUCCCAGGUCCCAAGGCCCGAUGAGCAUCCUCGGACAAUCUCAAGGCUCUCGGCGACAGUCUUUGUACUUUGAGAGCGAUGCUGGAGAUAGCGAAGCAAGCGUUAGAUCAUCAUCCUUAAUGUCUAGGCCACCUGCACGAACGGAAUCGCCUGUAUCUGAAUUUGGAGACCUUCGUCGAGCCGCAAGCUCUCGUCAACGACACCGGAGAAGCAUAAUUAUUCCAGGGACAUCUUCGCCGCACCGACAGGAGUCUCCUGUUAGGAUGCCUCCAUCGUCACCCCUAAGAAUAACUAAACCACGCUCAUUGCCAAUUGCUCACGAGGGGAUCGUCUCCCCAACAGCAUCUCCUAUGCUGCCGGGCAGUGAGUUCAGUUCGCCUGCUCUGAUACCGCACCAUCACAGACGUCAGUCCUCAGCUGCUGGUUCGGACCCGUCUCGUCCUCCACCGUCGCCUCGCAUGAGUGCCGUCAGCGCUCCCCAAGCUAGAGCUGUCCCGCCGUCAAUCAAGGAUUUCGAGAUCAUCAAACCGAUAAGCAAGGGCGCAUUUGGAAGCGUCUACUUGGCGAAGAAGAGAUCUACUGGCGACUACUAUGCGAUCAAGGUGUUAAAGAAGGCUGAUAUGGUUGCAAAAAAUCAAGUCACAAAUGUCAAGGCAGAGCGGGCUAUUAUGAUGUGGCAGGGUGAAAGUGAUUUUGUUGCAAAGCUUUAUUGGACAUUCUCGAGUAAAGAUUAUCUAUACUUGGUCAUGGAGUAUCUGAAUGGCGGAGAUUGUGCAUCUCUCAUCAAGGUGCUAGGGGGCUUGCCUGAGGAUUGGGCUAAGAAGUAUCUUGGUGAAGUCAUUCUUGGUGUGGAGCAUCUUCACAAUCGAGGAAUUGUCCAUAGAGAUCUGAAGCCUGAUAAUCUUCUCAUCGAUCAAAAAGGUCAUCUUAAGCUGACCGAUUUUGGGCUCUCAAGGAUGGGAUUGAUCGGUCGUCAAAAGCGAGUUCUUAACAGUACUACAAAUGAAUCGGCACCUGAUUUGCUCAAACAAGGGCCGUUUGCACGUACGACGUCGAUAAGCUCGUCUCGUUCGACUUCGUUCGAUUUCCAAGGUCAUCACUCCCCCGGUUCCACUCCGCAAAUGACGCCAGAUCUCGCGCCAAUUCUAAGCACUCCGUCAUAUUUCAGUCUCACUCGAGAGAACACAUUCAGUAAGGAUUCUCGACGGGCUUCUGUCAGAAGUGACAGUGGCAACAGCGAGUCUCUGAGCAAUUUAUUUACAAGCUUUUCUCUUAAUGAUACCCAGGGACAACAAUGGAUGAACCAGAGGAGACCAACUGUGGACGAAAUGAGUGAGAAUGAAGGCGGGUCGCCAGAUUUUUUGUCUCUCCACCACACGUCGACCCAUUCAAGCUCCGAGAACAAGAAUAAUACGCCACCACAAACGAGUAUGAUGCCUCCGCCAAUGGCUCUGUUCGACCCUGAUGAUACCAAUCGGCGCUUUGUGGGGACGCCGGAUUACUUGGCCCCUGAAACCGUGAAAGGUGUUGGUCAGGAUGAGAUGAGUGAUUGGUGGUCCGUCGGGUGUAUUAUGUUUGAGUUCCUAUAUGGCUAUCCUCCAUUCCAUGCUGGAACUCCAGAUGAAGUAUUUGAGAACAUACUUGCACGCAGGAUUUCUUGGCCAGAUGAUGACGAGGCCGAAGUUUCUCCCGAGGCAAAGGAUUUGAUGAACAAGCUUCUCUGUCUUGACCCACGCGAGCGGCUCGGCGGGAACACCAGCGAGAAGUACUGCUGUGGUGGAGAGGAAAUUCGAAAUUCCCCGUGGUUUGAGGGCAUAGAUUGGGAUAAGCUUCUGCAUGAUGAUGCGCAAUUUGUUCCAGCACCCGAGAACCCAGAGGACACCGAGUAUUUUGAUGCUCGUGGCGCUACUCUACAAGCUUUUGCUGAAGAGCUCGAGGAUCAAUCUUCACCCCCAACCUCGACCCCAGGCGACUACCAGGAACGACCUCACGAUGCGUUGUCCCGUGUCAGAUCUCAAGUAAACUCCAUCAAGCGCGGCCUGAUGCCGUUGCACAUUCCGCCGCACGUGCGGGACUCCAAGAGUCGCAGGCUUAGCGAACCUGUCGUUGCUGAUGACUUCGGCAAUUUUGCGUUCAAGAAUUUGCCAGUGCUAGAAAAGGCAAACAAAGAUGUUAUUCAGAAGCUUCGCGCCGAGGCAAUGGCUGCACAAAGCAAAUCCGUUACAUCUCCCGGCUCAGGGCCUCCCAGUGCCACUUCGCCAGGACCAACUUUGGAACGCAGCCCCAUCCUACCAAUGCCCAUACAAAGGACGCUUUCGGAUGCCAAAGUUGUGAAUCGUCCCUCGUCUCCAUCAGGACUGGGCCAAGCCAACUCAUCACCUAAUAGAGCUUCUCAGCCAUCUUCUCCCCUCCUCGUAUCGUUCGUUGCGGGUCUGAACGGGGAAGGCAAACGCAAAGCAUCCAGCAACGGCGGCUCAGGUCUGUCUAAUCCAUCGGGCAAUUCCCUUGCCCCUGGCAGCUUCUUCGACCUACCUCGCAUGCCUCCAACUCUUCAGAAGGCCAGUAGCUCAGCUGCGGCAUCACCAAUCAAGGCUCGUGGAAACGGCCCUCCGCCAUUAGCUAUAUCACCCCAGAAGAUGUCCACUCCCCGACAGUCAAGUGGUUCUUCGACACGGGCCCGAUCUCAAACUGUUGGCUCUCAAGAGGGCAGUCCUAGUACAGCCGACCUCUUCUCCCACCGGAAGCGCAGGAGUCAAGUCUUCGACAUGUCACCAUCGUCAUCAGAUAAUGAAGGCGACAAAGCGAAUGCUUUACUUCGCGUUCAAAGGCGACGCCAGAGCUCAAGACGCAUGUCACAGAUUAAUCCAGGAGAUGGACCCGUCUUUCGCCCCUUGGAUGUGCUCAUCUGCGAAGAUCAUCCCGUUUCAAGAAUGGUCAUGGAGAAGCUUCUUGAGAAGUUGAGAUGCCGCACCAUCACUGUCAGCAAUGGAACCGAGGCGCUGCGGUAUGCUGUGGGCGACAUCAAAUUUGACAUCAUCCUCAUGGAAUUCAAAUUACCUCAGAUCAACGGAGCAGAUGUUGCACGAAUGAUUCGAGAUACGAAGAGCGCAAACUCCAAUACACCUAUCGUUGCGGUUACCGGAUACUUGAAGGAGCUCCAAGCACCUCAUCAUUUUGACGCUCUGAUUGAGAAGCCGCCAACUACCUCGAAGCUGACAGAAGUCUUGUGCAGACUUUGUCAGUGGAAGGCUCCUGAGCCAGGUCAGAGUCCAUCAGCCCCCUUAGGUUACCCACAACCUUCGGGGUUGCGCCAAGAAAGCCUUCGGCUUGAUGAUAGCCCAACAUCUGGCUCUUCAGGAUAUGCUCAUGUGCCAGGAGGUAGUUUCAGAGGCUCAAGCCGCGAAGACUCUAUAAGCUCUAGCCUUUUUGGAGAUACAGAGUCGCUCAUGAAUGAUGAGCUUCCUAUCAUUAUUGACCGGAAGUCAACCGGUGAGUGGGAUGACCCUUCGGGUCUUGGAAUCCGAAACGAAGAGUCUAUUCUUGAGGGUCGUGACAUUCCGAAGCAACUCCCUCUACGUAUCCUGCACGAGCAAUCCGCUCCUGGUCGACUGGAGCACCCCCAGAAGAUUCCACUUCGGCAGCGAUCAACCGAAAAAAUGAAGGCCAAGAGGGAAUCGAUGGAGAAGCACCGUCAUGAAUGUGCCGAGUCUGGAGACGAUGAGGAUGACGAGCUCGGGGGCAGUGCACGCGAGAAGAGCCCAAAGCAAACCACAAAGGCUCACCGAGGAUCGAAGCUCGGCACCGAGAUGAUGCGCACGAAUAGCCGGGGAAGUGUGGUAUCUACACCAGACGUAACAGCAGGGACUGAAGCCGUCGAACCACCACCCACGGUAUCCGAGGAAGCCGCCCUAACACCUGAGAUCACCAAAGCAGCUUUGACGCCUCCAGAACCGUUCACUUCGCCGGGUGGUAGGGUAACCGAGGUCGACGUGAACCAAACGCCUAAGUCCUCUGCAGACAUCGAUCCUACCGACGAAGAGCCAACCCCACGUGCAGUGGCCUCACAUACACCCGACUACAUGAGUCAUGGCAAUACGCCUACUCGGUAG